GCCAUUUUGUGAAGAAAAAGGAACCCAGUUACGCCCAUUUCAGUAAAAGUACGGGUUGGACCGUACGACGGGUGGCUCCGGCAAUAUUUUGGGCCGGCUGCGUCAUUCCUUCGCCGCCGUCCGAGCUUGAGAGCCGAGGAGGGGGAAGAGAUGGUAACGUCACCGGUGGUGAAUAUGUACCCUCUCUCGAACUACACGUUCGGGACGAAGGAGCCGAAGAUGGAGAAGGACACUUCCGUCGCUGAUCGCCUUGCUCGCAUGAAGGUCAACUAUAUGAAGGAAGGCAUGCGGAUGAGUGCUGAGGCAAUUUUACUGGUGCAGGAACACAACCAUCCCCAUAUAUUGCUAUUACAAAUUGGAAAUACAUUUUGUAAACUUCCUGGUGGACGUUUGAAGCCUGGAGAGAACGAAAUUGAGGGUUUGAAACGGAAGCUGUCUAGCAAACUUGGGGCCAACUCACCUUCCUUUCAGCAAAAUUGGCAGAUUGGGGAGUGCGUUGCUGUGUGGUGGAGACCAAACUUUGAAACAAUAAUGUACCCAUAUUGUCCUCCUCAUAUCACCAAGCCCAAGGAGUGUAAGAAGCUUUUUCUUGUUCACUUGCCGGAAAGAGAAUACUUUGCUGUUCCCAGAAACUUGAAGUUGCUUGCUGUUCCAUUGUUUGAACUGUAUGACAAUGUUACGAGAUAUGGACCUGUUAUCUCAACCAUUCCACAACAAUUAUCAAGAUUUCAGUUCAACAUGGUUAGUUCGUGAAGAUGGUAGGCUGUUUUACAGCAAAGUUCAUCGAUUGACUGAUCCACCCAGACCUUCAAAAUGUGCAUGCCACAGCAAGAUGAAUGAAACUUACCCAAUCUAACUUGAACUCCUUAGCUUACGUGAUAUAUUGCCUGCUUAAACUUUUUGUGUGCACCUAUAGAAUUUGUUGAUCUGUGUAUGGGGUUUUCUUCGUUUCAAAUGUAAGGUUGACAUCAACAGUUGGACUUCCGAGUGAUCAUAGUGUGUAGUUUAGAAAAAAAUAUAGACUAAUCUCUAUAUCCCGAAGCCUUUUCUUAGUAACAGUGCAUUCAUUAAACUGAUGCUAGGUUAGAGAACAGAUAAGCGGACAGAGACACGUGAGAAACGAGAUGUCUAUUGUGUGUUGAAGCUUACAUGUUGUGUCUCUACCAAGUUUUUGCUGGGUUUGCUUGGUGUUUUGUGUGUGGGAGGGUUGCUGAAGUUUUCAUGAUGAUGGGGCAAAUUUUGAGUGAGCAAAUUUGUCUUUCGAAUCUCAGUAGGACAGAUAUUGAUGCAUUUUUUAAAGAAAAUGUAAUAAUUUUGUGCAGUUAA